ACCAGUUACUAAACAUGUGGCGACAUGGCUACAUACCGUGGUGUUUUGUCCUGCUAUCACUACACAUCGUCCAGCAAGUACUAAGCACGGAGACAGUGGCCGUAACAGCCUUAGGCGGGCAACCUUUUAAUCAGUUUAAGGAGCUGGACAAGACGUGCGACAAGGAGUGCACGUCUCAUGGGAACUGUAACAAGGAGUUAGGGGAGUGCGAAUGCCCGUUUGGGUUGACAGGCCCCAGCUGCCAGUCGCCCACCCUCCCCGCCUGCCGCACCACCCUCCGCCCCGGUGCGCCCAUCUUCCUCGGCCGCUCCGUCCCGCGCAACUGCCACUGCUACCGGCAGCUCCUGCGCGCCACAUGCCUGCCCAGCAACUCCUCCUCCCCCUCAUCCACCGCUACCCCCUCCUCGCGCUGCGCCUCCCACACCGUAUCGCUAUGGGGCGCGCUGACCUGCUUCGAGCACACCAGCCAACCCGAGGAGCAGCAGCUCUCGGAGCUCCCGGAGCGGUUGGACGACCCGGCGUACCGCUGGCAGCGCGGCGUGGUGACCCGGCGGGUCGCUGAGGGCGGCGGUGCGGCGGCGGAGCAGGAGGCGGAGGAGGUGCGGGACUUUGAGCCGCUAGCGAAGCCGCCCUCACAUGACCACCUGCGGUUUGCGGUGGCGCUGUCCAAGUGCCCGAACAGGUGCUCCGACCAGGGCGUGUGUCGGCUGGUGGGGGCGGGCGGCAGCGGCCCGCCCACCUGCUACUGCCAACCGGGCUUCGCGGGACCCGACUGCUCGCAGCCCGCACCCUCGCCGCUCUGCCCCAACGACUGCGGCGGGCGGGGCACCUGCGUGGGCGGGUUCUGCAAGUGCAAGCCGCCGUACUGGGGCAUUGGAUGCGGGCGGAGUAAGGCGUUUGAGCCUGUCAAGGACAGCGUCUCCUACCCCUACUACCCCGCGCUCAAGAUCUACAUGUACGAUGUGCCCAUGGGCAUCGCGGGGCCGCAGCAGUUCGACGAUGGGGACACCGACGUCUACAUCAUCUACCAGGCCUUCAUGCGCUUCAUGGAGGCCUUCCUGGCCGACACCGGCGGCGUGCGGACGGAGAACCCGCACGAGGCCAACCUGUUCUACAUCCCCACCUUUGCCUACUACGUCACAGCCAAUCUGGGCGACCCCACCGCCGCCGUAGCCCGCGCAGUGGACUGGGUGGCGGACAAGUUCCCCUUCUUCAAGCGCAGCGGCGGCAAAGACCACUUCGUGGUGCUCACCUCCGACCGGGGCGGCUGCUACCUCAAAGCCAUGCCGCAGACGGAGAACCUGAUCAGGCUGGUUCACUUCGGUCUGGAGCGGCCCAACAUCACGGACAUGGGCCCGCUGGUCCAGAACCGCGAGUACGGCUGCUUCAAGAGCAGUCGCGACGUGGUGCUGGCGCCCUUCUUCAAGCCCAAGGCGACGCUGGUGCGGGAGGUGCAUGCACAGCUGGAGCAGCCGGGGGGCGCGGAGAAGCUGAUGGAGAAGAAGGAUGUGCUGUUCUUCUUCAGCGGGGACGUCAGGCACCACGAGCCCGAGUACAGCGGCGGGGUGCGGCAGGCGCUGUCGGCGCUGCUGUCCAAGACCACCUACCCCGACGUGGUGUUCAAGGCGGGCUUCCAGCCCAUGAGUGCGGGGGAGUAUGAGGACUUGCUGGCGCGAGCCAAGUUCUGUCUGGCGCCGUACGGCCAUGGAUGGGGCAUCCGGCUGACCCACGCGCUGAUGCAUGCGUGUGUGCCGGUGAUCAUCCAGGACAAGGUUCGGCAGCCGUUCGAGGACCUGCUGCACUACCCGGACUUCUCCGUGCGCGUGUCCAAGGCGGACAUACCGCGCAUCGUGGAGAUACUGCGCGCGGUGCCGCAGGAGGACGUGCUGCGCAUGAUGAAGGAGAAUGUCAGGGUCUACCGGGCGUUCAUCUGGCAACCGGAGCUGGGCGGCCUCGCCUACAACUACACCAUUGCCAGCCUGCGGAGACGGCUGAGCUACGUGAGAGGGGAGCUGUAUGAAGCAGGCACGCGCCGCCUGCGGUGAGCGUUAUAGGGUUUAUGGCGGUCCUCGUUUAUUAGGUAUUGUGCACAGAACAGGAGGUAAUGAGUGUUGCCGGUGCUUCCCUUGCGAAUGGCAGGGAGCGUGAUAUGCAGGGAACGCAUGUGGAAG